AUGUCAGAAGUCCGUCAGUACUCCAAGACGGGUCCGGAGUGGCCGCUUCCGGACCUCGAGGGUGGCCAAGUCAGCUUGGUUAAUAGCGUCCCCUCUCUGGAGGGAAGCUGCCCGAAAUCCAGCCUGGACGCGUGUUCUCGAGUCCCGAAGGACUCGUCGAGUCCCGAGGACGACCGCGGCAGGGCGGAAUGGCUCCGGAAGGAGUUCUACUCGUCGGUGAAGGCCAAAGUGGAAAAGGCUGUACAGAAACACAAGAUCUUCCUGAUUCGGGGCGACCUGCCGAGGCUGAGGCAGGCCUUGGAGGAGCGCGGCUGGGUCCAGAAGUACGAGUCGAGCCGGACGAGGACUGUUCCGUACGGAAGCGUCGCGAGUCUGGAGGCCAAGUCCCUGGGGGAUGUCAGGAAGCCGGACGGGACGCUAAACGAGAGGGCUCUGAUCUUUGCCAUGCUGCGGCACAGGCCGCCGAAUUUUGUCUGGGACUGCCGGAACGACUUCGUCGAGUGGGACCGUUCCCUCGGGAGUCACGCUCUUCUCAACAGAUUCCAAAAGUCCUUCGUCUAUACCUCCAAGCUCGGCAUGGCCCAUUUGCUGCAAAACGCUCACUGGCUCUACGAGGAAGAGGUAUCGAGCGUGCGGUUCCCGAGGAGCUACAACGUCAGCCGGGAACCCCGAGCCUUCCUCCAGGACUUCCGACAAACCGCGGCGACGAGCUUGCUCAAGUGGUUCGUCGAGCACACGGAGAACGCCCGAGGGAUCUUCAACGUCGGCUCCCAGCCGAUCCCGGUCAGUCAGCUGGAAUUCGCUAUCAAACGCUGCGAAGAAUUUCUGGCCGACGUCGACCAUCGAACGAUAGACGGCGACGAGGUGGGGGUCCUCGACGAGGAGUGGAGUCUCUUCCUGGACGACUGCUCCAAGGUCCUGUACAAGGGGAACGGCAUCGUCGUGCCUUACGAGGACGCCUUGGAAAGGCUCGAGAAGUAUUACGAGACCGCCACUUCCAUCCUGCGGAAACUGAAAGACGUCGACCCGCAGUACGAGCUCAGCGGCACGAGGAAUAUAUGGAUCGUAAAACCGAGCGAUCUAUGCUGCGGCACCGGGAUCGGCAUCUCUCAUAAUCUUAAGGAUAUCUUCCGCAAGGUUGGCAGCAGACCGAAGGAUUACUUCAUCGUGCAGAAAUACAUCGAACGCCCCUUGCUGGUGCGGAACACGAAGUUCGAUAUCCGCCAGUGGUACCUCGUAACGAGUACCUUCCCCCUGACGAUAUGGCUCUUCAAGGAAGGAUUUUUACGAUUCAGCUCGAAGCAUUACACCUUCUCGACGUAUCACGAGGCAAUUCACAUCUGCAAUACCGCCAUUCAGGAGAAAUACGAUGACGAGAAGAGGAGGCGCAGAAAGAGGGGCGGUCCGGAGGAGCGAGUGGAGGCGGAAUCGAUUCGCGAUCAGGAAUGGGAUUGUCAGAAGUUGAACGAGUAUUUGAAGAGCGCGGGGUACAAAGGGGAGCCUUAUUUCGACGAGAUAUACCCGAAAAUGUCGCAAGCGAUCGUGCUGACCAUGCUGGCCUCUCAGGAGUACAUGGACAGACGUCGCUGCAGCUUCGAGCUCUAUGGGGCCGACUUCAUGGUCAUGGACGACUUGACCGUGUGGCUCAUCGAGAUCAAUACGAACCCCAGAAUGCACCCACCCAGUCUGAAGAUUACCCAGAGGCUCUACUCGGAAGUCCUCGAUAGUCUGGUCAAAGUGAUCCUGGACGUGCCGAUCGAUCCCACGGCGGACACCGGCGGCUUCGAGCUGGCCUACAGGCAACACGUCCCGGACUUCCAGCCGUAUCUCGGCCCGUGCCUCUUCGUCUUCGGGAAGUCCAUGAGAGCGAGGGAACAGCCCGGGCUCAAGGACCGGGAGAAGAAGUCCCGAGGGUCGAAUCCAGGGGGGAAACAGCCUCGGGCCUGGACCGCGCCGCCCAUGAUGCCCAGGCUGCGAGAGCCAAAGGUCGUCGAUUUCAUCGACUACUCGUCUAGCUCUAGUUGCUCCACCACUCGAUGA